ACAAACAUCUGCCCAACCUUCCCUAGUUUUCUUACCAAUUUCUUUGAAACCUCUAAUUACAAGCCCCCAAAUCAUUACAAUGUCGAUCUUUAGCUCGUCGUCAUCAACUACAGCGAUAGUCGCUGACUACUUCGGCGAUGAAUUUGGUCUGGCUUUGCCCCUACCACCCAUCAAGAAGGCAAACGAUAAUGCAGCAACCAACAAACCAACAGCUCCAGUUGCUGCUAGUAAUUCUGCUGCGGCAGCAAAGGUUCUAAUUUCCUGUAGGAACAAGAAUGAGCGUGCGCCGGUUCUUGCACCCAUGUUUGAUGGACUGCAUUGCUUUGAGACGUUUAUUCUCCCCAAUUAGAUAUUCUUAGAUUUUCCCAUCUUGGAUGUGUAUCAAGUCUUAAUUUUUAGAUUUACUUUGACUGGGAUUUACGUAUAUUCAACGAAGAUUAGUGGGUGUUAUCAUGCUGACUAGUUUUCUUACCAAUUUCAGCAUGCUGACUUGGUAUUAGAGAAUAGAGAUAUCUUGAUUAUUUUGUUCAACUCGUUUUAUCUUUUUAAUUCGUGUGUGUUAGAAUAUACUUAACACUAUGAU